AUGAAGCUCGAUUCACACCUCACUCAACUCUUUAUCAACAAUCAGGCAAGUUAUGGAACCCUGAUUAGUGACCAGAUACCCAUUGCUGGCGAGGAUGAUAUCGAUCGGGCCAUUGAGGCAGCUCAGGCUGCAUUUAGCCCCAAGUCCGAAUGGCGGGUCAUGAGCGACUUCGAUCGCCAAAAGGCGUUGCUUAAAUUCGCGGACCUUAUCGAGGCCAACCGAGAACAACUGGCUUCCCUUACUCGGGUGACCCUGGGGGCGCCGUACAACCCGUUUGGAAAAUCCGAGGUUGACACUGCCAUAGGCUGUUUCAGAUAUUACGCUGGAUGGGUGGGGAAAUUUGCCGGCCAAAGUUUCCCAGCCAAUGACGGUUUUUACAAGGUCGUUCGACAUGAACCUCUGGGUGUUGUUGCAGGUAUCAUUCCCUGGAAUGGCCCAUUGGCAUCUAUUGGCCUCAAAGCUGCACCGGCGUUGGCGACUGGAAAUGUUUUCAUUCUAAAGCCAAGUGAGAAAACUCCAUUCGCAGCUGCUGCACUUGGAAAUUUGGCUAUCGAGGCCGGCUUUCCUCCUGGUGUCUUUCAAGUCUUGACAGGAGAUGGUAGUACGGGUGCUAUUCUCGCUAGUCAUAUGAAGGUUUCCAAGGUGAGCUUCACCGGGAGCGUUGCAACAGGCAAGAAUGUACAGAUUUUGGCUGCAAAGAGCAAUCUAAAGCGGGUGACUCUUGAACUCGGCGGCAAAAGUCCAGCCGUGGUAUUUGAUGACGCGAAUCUCGAAAACGCCGUCCAAUGGUGUGUAAAUGCUUUGACCACCAACUCCGGACAGAUCUGCUUUGCCGCAUCCCGGAGGCUUUUGCUGCAAAGGGAGAGAAAAAUGGGAGAUCCUGAAAAGGCAACUUCGGAAAUCGGACCGGUCGUGGAUCAGGCUCAAUAUGACCGCAUACUGGAAAUAAUCAACACCGCGAAAAGGGAAAAACAGGGUACGCUUGUGCAAGGCGCAGGCCAAAAGCAUUCAAAGGGAUUCUACAUCGAACCUGCGAUAUUCUUGGAUACCGAUGUGGAUGCCUCCAUCACAAGAGAUGAGAUAUUUGGCCCAGUUGUUGUUAUCAACCGGUUCAAGACCGAGGAAGAGGUGGUUGCGCUUUCUAAUGACUCUAGGUACGGCCUAAUGGCUGGGGUUUUCACACAAGACAUCAGUCGGGCUCUUCGACUAAGUGAAUUUCUGGAUUCGGGUGUUGUCGGGGUCAACUGUGUCAGUGUCAUCCAUUUCUCGUGUCCAUUUGGUGGAACAAAGGAGAGUGGUAUCGGUCGUGAGCUAGGCGUAUAUGCUUUGCACGCAUACACAGAGCCCAAAACAGUUCUUAUCAACAUGAAUUCCUAG